UUGACGGGAAUAGGGUGUGUUUUAAGUUAUUUCGGAAAUUAGUGUUUCCCAGUGUCUCCUCCAUUGUUAUUCUUUUAUAGUGUAAUUAUGAUAUGACAAAAUACUUAAGUUGCAAAUAAAUAGUGAAUUUGAAUACUCCGCAAUGGCAGGUGUUCAUCCAAGAUAUUCGCGGAGAUUGCUUCAAGCCUUGAGUUACCUGUUUUUGAUAUCCUUUGCAGAAUAUAUACCUGGUUGUGCGGCUGAAGAUGGUCAUUGCGUGUGGUACGGCGUGUGCACACAGCAAGCGUUUACUAUAUACAACUGCGCCUACAACGGCACCGCACAGCCCAUAGACAAUGCAUCAAUGCCAAUCAUCCAGAAGUAUUGUCCGUCGAUCGCAGCUGGCGGCGUGGCAUGUUGCAACAUUGAGCAGUUGAAGAAUUUUGAAAGCAAGAUCGUGCAGGCUGAGAACUUGCUGGUGCGCUGCCCCGCCUGCUACGAGAACUUCCUGCAACACAUCUGUGGCAUGACAUGCGCUCCCGAUCAGAGCAAGUUCCUCAAGCCCGUCAGGACGUCACUUAACAAAGAUAAGAAGGAACAGAUCGAAGAGAUCGACUAUCAUCUCGGCGCGACUUAUAUGAACUCUACAUUUGAUUCAUGUCUUCAGGUACAAAUGCCUUCAAGCAACCAGCGCGCGUUAGAUCUGAUGUGCGGGUCAUGGGGCGCGGCGUACUGCACGCCGCAGCGGUGGUUCGACUUCAUGGGCGACGCGUCCACCGGCCUGGUGCCCUUUCAGAUUAACUACAUCUCGGGUGACGAGCCCGUUGACCAGUUUGUACCCUAUCAGCCUCCUACGAGAUCCUGCAGUGCCAGUAUCAAUGGCCAGCCGGGCUGCUCGUGCCUGGACUGCGCGGCGUCGUGUCCGGUGCCGCCGCCUCGUCCUCCGCCGCACCGCCCCUUCACCAUCAUGGGCACCGACGGCUACGCCUUCGUCAUGGCCAUCAUCUUCCUCAUCUUCUCAACGCUCUUCCUCAGCGGCGUCUACUGCUGCAAUCCCAACGAGAACCAAGUCGACGAUUGGGCGCGAGGCGGGGAGGACGUCCGCGGCGGCUCGGAGACCAGUCCGCUGCACAGCCACAGAUCUAGUGUAGCUUCAGAUACGAACCAAGAGAUGUCAACAAACCCGACUAGUGUAGGUUGGACAGCUGACCAGGCGGAUGGUGCUGCUGAUGCGACGUUCUUUGAGCGGCUCGGAGCAGAGACUGAGACCAGGCUGGAGGACUUCUUCCAGUGGUGGGGGUGCAUCAUGGCGUCCCGUCCUUGGAUUGUUUUGUUCCUUGGUCUAUGUUUCGUUGUUUCCCUCGGCUUCGGUAUAAAAUAUAUGCAAGUGACGACCAAUCCUGUAGAGCUCUGGGCUGCACCGAACUCCCGCUCGCGUAUGGAGAGAGACUACUUCGAUAGCCAUUUCGAACCGUUCUAUCGCACUGAGAUGCUCAUCAUCAGCUCGAAGGGUCUACCCAAGGUGGAGUACACGACCCCUUCGGGCACUGUGCUCGACUUCGGUCCGGUUUUCAACUCUACUUUCUUACUCGAUGUAUUGGAUCUGCAAGAGAGGAUCAUGGCUUUGGGUAAUGAGACGAAGUUAGAGGAUAUUUGCUUCGCUCCGCUGCAGUCUCAGUUCUCAGCGGCGACGACGUCAUCAGUUUGCGCCGUACAGUCUAUAUGGGGCUGGUGGGGGAACAGCCGAGACAACUUGCUAGAUAAUCUAGAAGAUAAUCAGUACCUGGACACCGUAUUAUCUUGUGCCAGCAACCCCUACCUGUGCUUGGCGCCGUAUGGUGGACCAGUACUGCCAGGAGUGGCCCUGGGCGGCUUCCUCGCUCCCGGAGAACCCCUCACCAGCACCUCGCGCUUCCACCAGGCAGAUGCUCUCAUCAUCACCAUACUGGUCAACAACAAACAUGAUACCAGUCAACUAAAACCGGCAUUGGAAUGGGAGAAGAAGUUCAUAGAGUUCAUGAAGAACUACACGGAGAAUGAGAUGCCUUCGUACAUGGACAUCGCGUACACGUCGGAGCGCUCCAUAGAGGACGAGCUGGACCGGGAGUCGCAGUCGGAUGUGUCAACUAUACUUGUCUCUUACUUCAUCAUGUUCGCGUACAUCGCCAUCUCGCUGGGACGCUUCACCACCUGCUCCAGGCUGCUCAUUGACAGCAAGGUCACCUUGGGACUGGGAGGCGUAUUAAUAGUACUGGCGUCUGUGGUGUGCUCCGUGGGUAUGUUUGGGUACGCGGGUGUGGCUGCCACACUCAUCAUCGUCGAGGUUAUACCCUUCCUCGUGCUGGCGGUGGGUGUUGACAACAUCUUCAUCCUGGUGCAGACCAGCCAGCGAGAGCCGCGACGACCUAAUGAGACCGUCGCUGAACACAUCGGCAGGACUCUGGGUCAGGUUGGACCGUCCAUGUUCCUGACAUCGGUGUCAGAGUCUGUGUGCUUCUUCUUGGGAGCGCUGAGUGAUAUGCCGGCGGUGAGAGCCUUCGCGCUGUACGCUGGUGCUGCUCUGCUCGUAGACUUCCUGCUGCAGGUCACCUGCUUCGUGGCCCUGCUCGCUAUUGAUACACAUCGACAGAAUGCCAACAGGUUCGACGUGUUGUGUUGUCUGAGCGGCAGCAAGGCGGAGGGCGCUGUGGGCGCGGGCGAGGGCGCGCUGUACAAACUGUUCCAACACGCCUACGUACCCUUCCUGAUGCGGCGUGAGGUGCGCGCCACCGUCAUGAUAGUCUUCUUCGCCUGGCUCUGCUCAUCUGUUGCGGUGGCGCCACACAUAGAGAUAGGACUGGACCAGGAGCUGUCGAUGCCGCAGGACAGCUUCCAGCUGAAGUACUUCCAGCAUCUCAACAAGUACCUCAACAUUGGACCUCCGGUCUACUUUGUCCUGAUGGAUGGUCUAGACUUCUCGCGCAGAGACGCUCAGAAUAUGGUCUGCGGCACUCGCUUCUGUAACUCUGACAGUCUUUCCAUGCAGUUGUAUGGAGCAUACCUGUCAUCGAACGAGACGUACCUGGCGCAGGCUCCAAACUCCUGGCUGGAUGACUUCUUCGACUGGUCCGCCUCACCUGACUGCUGCCGCUACUUCCCCGCCAACUCCAGCUUCUGUCCCAACUCUUAUACCAGUUGCAAAAGAUGUAAUAUACCAUUAGAAGGUCCCGAACAACGUCCAAAUGCGUCAAACUUUGAACACUAUGUGCCAUUCUUUUUACAAGAUAACCCAACACCAUCGUGUCCUAAAGGAGGGCAUGCGGCUUAUUCACAAGCAGUUAAUUAUAAAUAUAAAAAUAAAACUAAAAUCGGUGCAACUUUCUAUCAAGGAUACCACACAGUAUUGAAAACUAGUUAUGAUUAUUAUUCAGCUUUAAGAUCUGCUAGAACUGUGGCAGCUAAUUUAACAGAGACAAUGAAUAGACAUUUGAAGUCUAUGAAUGAAACAACGACAGUGAAUGUCUUCCCUUAUUCUGUUUUCUAUGUGUUUUAUGAACAAUAUCUGACGAUGUGGCCCGAUACAUUGAAAAGUAUGGGCAUUUCUGUACUAUCUAUAUUUAUUGUUACGUUCAUAUUGAUGGGCUUUGAUUUGUUCUCGGCAUUGGUUGUGGUGAUAACUAUAACAAUGAUAGUUGUGAACAUCGGCGGGCUCAUGUACUGGUGGGGGAUCAGUCUCAAUGCUGUCUCAUUAGUCAACUUGGUGAUGGCUGUGGGUAUAGCGGUGGAGUUCUGCUCGCACUUGGUGCACAGCUUCAGCGUGUCGGCGGGAGGUUCUCGUGAGGAGCGCGCGGCCGCAGCACUCACACGUAUGGGCUCCUCAGUGCUCUCCGGCAUCACGCUCACCAAGUUCGGCGGCAUCAUCGUCCUCGCCACCGCCAAGAGCCAGAUCUUCCAGGUGUUCUACUUCCGAAUGUACCUCGGCAUUGUGCUGUUUGGUGCGGCGCAUGGCCUCAUCUUCCUGCCCGUCAUGCUCAGCUAUAUCGGCAUAACCCGUCGUCGGGGACGCUGGCGGGUGUCAGGACGCGGCCGCGCCUACGGCAGUCUAGACAACCAGCCGGAGCCCCACGCCUCCAGCUCAGAGCCCCUCACCAACGAGAUGUAGCGCCAUCUAUCGUAAGACCUUGCGAUCGCGAUUCGUAAUCACAUUGUCCAUCCAAUAUACGAGUAGUUCGCACAUCUUCUUGAUACUUGCAAAGAACUUUGUCAAAUGCAAUUUAUGUAUUAUAAUUCGUUUUUAAAAAUUAGCAUAAAUAGUGUUUUGGAUAAAAGAUUGUUAGUAAUGAUGUAAAUUCGAAUGUAACGAAAUGAUUUGUACUUUAAGAACAACGAAAUGAUACGAGCAACGUACUUACUUAUAGAAUGCAAAUAAGCAGAGUUAUGAAAAGAUUUUACUAUAAGCUUUGUUAUAUCUAAGGUACAUUAUCUAAAGAAUUAAGAAAUAAGAUAUUAUUUAAAUUGUAUUAGCAUAUUGAGGUGAAAAGAGGAUUACGAAUCGCGACAUUAGUGAAAACAAGAAACUAAAAGCAAGUGGACAAUGUGGUAUUGGCAGCAACACAGCUAGUGGACUGUUACGGUGUAGUGUAGUUUAUUGUGGUAAUUGACUUGUUUGUCUCGUUUCAAACAUUUAAGGUUACAAGCUUAAAAAAUUAAAAGUAUUAUAAGAUGGUUGAUCUUUAUAGAAAAAUUCCCG